GACCUGGAUAAGACCCAGACGGAGAUCAUGCGGCACCACACCAGCAUCAGCGAGCUGAAGCGCAGCUUCAUGGAGUCGGUGCCGGAGCCCCGGCCCAGCGAAUGGGACCGCCGUCUGUCCACCACCAACUCCCCGCUGCGCACGGUCAGCAUCAACGGCCAGCUGCAGCCCGCGUCCCCGGUGCUAAAGGCCCAGACAGUCACCAUCUCAGACCUCACCAACUCCCUAAGAGGAACUGUGACCUACCAGGACGUGCCGUUAGUUCACACCGAAACCAAGACCGUCACGUACGAGUCUGCACAGCCCGUGGACAGCGUGGCGGAGAGGGACUCCGGGGUCCUGCUGAGCGCCCAGACCAUCACGUCUGAGACCAUCAGCACCACCACCACCACCCAGAUCACAAAGACGGUGAAAGGAGGGAUCUCUGAGACCCGCAUUGAAAAGAGAAUAGUCAUCACUGGAGACACUGAGAUCGACCACGACAAGGCUUUGGCUCAGGCCAUCAAGGAGGCGAAGGAGCAGCACCCGGACAUGUCCGUCACCAAAGUGGUGGUGCACCAGGAGACGGAGAUCACCCCCGAAUGA